GGAGAACUGCAACGUCACUUUUCCUGAAUGAAAGUGAAAGUUUGUCUGAGCUACGGAGACAAGGCUCUCUGUUUCUGAAACAACAACUGGAUCCUCACUAACAGCGGAGUAUCUGCCAACCACUAGUGGCGACAUGUCUGCUGCCAGCUGUCUGCUGACUGAAGAUCAGUUCCUGUGCUCCAUCUGUCUGGAUGUGUUCACUGAUCCAGUUGCCAUACCGUGUGGACACAACUUCUGUAAAACCUGCAUCACUCAACACUGGGACAUUAAUGUCCAGUGUCAGUGUCCCAACUGUAAAAAGGUUUUCUACACAAAACCUGAACUGCACGUCAAUACCUUCAUCUCUGAGAUGGCCUCUCAGUUCAGACAGUCAGCUCAACAGAAAGCCAGCAGCAGCAGCUCAGAGCGACAAGAGUCCAGACCAGGAGAAGUUCCCUGUGACGUCUGCACUGGAACCAAACUGAAGGCCCUGAAGUCCUGCCUGGUGUGUCUGGUCUCCUACUGUGAGACUCACCUGGAGCCUCAUCUGACCAUGUCAGGUCUAAAAAGACAUCAGCUGAUCGACCCUGUUGAGAACCUGGAAGGCAGGAUGUGUACGAAGCACGAUAAACCUCUGGAGCUGUUCUGUAAGACCGACCAGAUGUGCGUCUGCAUGCUCUGCACUGUUUUAGACCACAAGACACAUGAUGUGGUUCCUCUGAAAGAAGGAUAUGAAGAAAAGAAGGCCGAGCUGGGGAAGUCAGAGGCUGAAAUUCAGCAGAUGAUCCAGAAGAGACGGCUGAAGAUCCAGGAGAUCAAACACUCAGUGGAGCUCAGUGAGGAAGAUGCAGACAGAGAGAUAGCAGACGGUGUUCAGGUCUUCACUUCUCUGAAGGAGUCUGUUGAGAGAAGCCAGGCCGAGCUCAUUGAAACAAUCAAAGAGAAGCAGAGAGAGACAGAGAAACAGGCUGAAGGCUUCAUCACAGAGCUGGAACAGGAAAUCUCAGAGCUGAAGAAGAGAAGCACUGAGGUGGAGCAGCUCUCACGCUCUGAAGACCACCUUCACUUCCUGCAGAGCUUCACGUCCCUGAACGCUGCUCCACCCACCAAGGACUGGACACAAGUCACUGUCCGUCCACCUUCAUUUCUGGGGACUGUAAGGAAAGCUGUGAAUCAAGUGGAGGAGAUGCUCAGUGGACAGAUGAAGAAGCUGUUUCGGGGCGAGCUGAUUAGGGUCCAGAAGUCUGCAGUGGAUGUGACUCUUGAUCCUUAUACAGCAAAUCCCUGGCUCAUCCUGACUGGCGAUGGAAAACAAGUACAUGAUAGUGAUGUUAAGAAGAAUCUCCCCGACAAUCCUGAGAGAUUUGAUAUUCGUGUUAAUGUCUUAGCAAAGCAGAGUUUUUCUUCAGGAAGGUUUUAUUUCGAGGUUCAGGUUAAAGGGAAGACCGACUGGGCUUUAGGAGUGGCCAGAGAGUCGGUCAACAGGAAGGGACAAAUCACACUCAGUCCUCAGGAUGGUUACUGGACAAUAUCUUUGGAGAAUAAAAAUGAGUACUACGCUGCUGCUGGUCCUGAUGUCCGUCUCUCUCUGAAGUCUCAGCCUCAGAAGGUGGGGGUGUUUGUGGAUUAUGAGGAGGGUCUGGUCUCCUUUUAUGACGUUGAUGCUGCAGCUCUUAUCUACUCCUUUACCGGCUGCUCCUUCACUGAGAAACUCUACCCGUUCUUCCGUCCUUGUGAUCACAACGGUGGUAAAAACUCUGCCCCUCUGGUUAUCUCACCUGUCAAUCACACGGAGUAGAACAACCAUUUUGUGGCAUGAAGAUGUGUGACGAUGUAGGGACUUGAGGACUAAAUCGUAGGGACAGGCAGGAGAGUGUUUAUAUGCGGGAAGGAAUCCACAAUAGAAAAAAACAAAGUCCAAAAGAAGGAAAAUCAAACACAAGAACACGGAAACAGGAGCACAGAUACCUUGGGGAUGAAGAGACUGGAAACACACUGGCAGCAGCGAACGAACGAGCAAAGAGACAAAACAAUCUGACUAGAGACACUAAAUCCACUGGGUAAUGAGACCACGAGAGGCAGGUGACAGGGGGCUCGGAAACAGGUGGAAAACAUCAGGUAGUCACAGGAGAAGGACAACACAGGAAGUUAAACUAAAGACAAGACAGCACAGAAAACCAGACUGUCAAAAUAAAACAGGAAACAGAACAUACAGACACUCAAGGGAAACCCAAGACAGAAACUACCACACAAGACCAGGGAGGAGACUAGGUAACAAGCACAAGGAGACUCAAUUCAAUU